GAGAAAGAUAAGAUGAGAGUGAUUGGUGAAAUUUAUCGAGUGAUUAGGGGAAAGUGUGUUUUUCGAUUGACGUCUUCAGGUUUCAAUCGAAUUUUUUGUGGUCGCUCUCUUCUGCCUGGUGAAACACUCAUUUAUGCAAAUGAGUUGGCAAGAUAUCGAAAGAAAUUAAAAUGUUUUUUUUAUUCAAUAGAAUAUCUGCAAGAAGAGGAAAAAAAAACUGCAUGUCAUUCAUGCUAUGUACGUCUAAAUGGUUACUUGAGCAGAAAAUCCAAAGUCCAAACCGUGCUUUGUCAAACUGAACAACACUCUGUGCUAACGGUUUUGUCUAUUUCUAAAUGGAGUUGACAUUGUACACCUUUUUUUUCGCCCAUCACAAUUUGAUUGUGAAAUUGUUUAAUGGCAUCGUACAAUGGUCAUCGAGGUUCUGAGUGUGUAUGCUUUAUUUAUUUGUCAUUUUGUUAUUCUUCUCAUUCAAGAUGCCGCAUCUUGUUUAUUGCCAAAAAAUAGAGCGUCAACAUGAAAUAGCCAAAGAAGCACCGAUGACGUCAAACGCAAAAGUGUUUUCGGACAAGAAACACAGCUAAAAAAAUCUAAACAAACCAUUUUAAGAAUUGGUUACGGCGACGACGACGACGACAACGAAUGAUUUUUCGGAAUUCGUCAAUAUAUUCCGAUGUUGUAACCAAUUCAAUCACGUACGCCAUAAUAAUCAUCCAUUCGAGGACUGUUAUCGUCCAUUUAAUUACUGUUUACUUUUUUAACAUCAAAAAGCAAGAGAAUAGAGCUAAAACAAGAGGAAAACAAUCGCGAUCAGCGCAAAACAUCUACUUCCAAGCAUAAAAUAGUUGGCGAGCUGAUGAUCUUGGAAAGUUCGGUGCAUUGUUGUUGCUGUUGUUAACCUUUUUUUUGGCAAAAAUAGUAUCUAUUUUUCAUUCGUUCAACCUCAAAUCCAAUUAAUUUUAUCCACGUAAUUCCAGUGAAUUUCCGUGUAUUAUUUAAUUUAAUUAGAAUCUUAAUGAAUGAGUUUUGAAAUGAAACGAACAACAGCAACUGACAAAAAAUGAAAUAGAUAGCAUUUCAACUGGAAAUCUCAGCGCGAAAAAUGCAUGCACAUAACGGAACAAAACAAUAAAAUUAGCAUUAUUUCCUGUUUUGAUACACUUACGACAGAACAAAGUAUAUAUACACACACACAAAAAUAUCCUGUUGGCACACGAUCGUGCCGCGUAAUAUACAGCGCAAAAUUUCACAUCAUAGAGCUCCGGCAAAGCAUUGCGGAACUUUUGCCUAAUUAGAAUUCAAGUAUUUGUAAUUCAACGAAAAGCAUUGCUGCUCGUUUGCAACAGAAACAAAAAAAAAAUAGUAAUUUGGUGAGUAAUCAUUACAACGGUUCGGAAAUGUGAUGAGAGUGAGAGGGAGAGCAAGAGAAAAUUUAGUGAAAACAUUCAAUCAUAAAUUAGGCGUGCAAUGCUGGGCAAAUUUAAUACCAUUCUAAUUGAAUCAUCUUUCAUUGAGUUAUGCACGUGAGUGAUUUAUUGGGCGUUCGGGUGGCAGUGAUAGUGUGUACAGUUAAUUUGUCAUUCGACGAGCAGAGUUUCGGUGUUCAUGUUGCAUGCACAUGAAAUUUCAUGCAUUUCUCAACAUUCAAAGAGUUCCUAUCGCAUUUGCUGCAUCUUGUAAUAGCUUGGCAUCAACACCGAUUCUAGCAUACACAUUCUGUGCUUAGUUUAUUCGUUACUUUGUAAGAUAGCGUUGUUCCGGUGCCUACAACAAAUGGCGAUGAAACAUUAUGAGAAAUUCUAUUGUUCUACACGUAAUUGCUAUACAUGCGUUUUGCGCAAAAACAAAAAUUUUGCUAAUUUUUUAAUGCUAGUUAUUUGGUAUGUAUUCUGUGUGAUUCGGAAUUACCCAUUAAUAACCUCGUUUUCAAAGUUCGGCAACGAUUUGUUAUUUGUUUUGUUUUUUUUUUAUUCUUCUAUUUUAUUUUCGGCAUGGAUCGUAUCGUUGGCGCAAAAAUAUUCUCGAGUCGAGAAAAUUCCAAUGCUACGGCUUUGCUCGGAUCGAGUUUUUGCUCUAUGUAAUCAAUUUUAUGCACGCCAUUCGCCAGAUUGAUUAUGUAUUGGCAUAAAAAAUAGAAGAAAAAAUCACCACCCAGUGAGAAUGCGCGUGUUCGGAGUAUUUUAGCAAAACUUCCUGUUUUUCUUUUAUCGCUCGACACACAAUAUUUGCGACAAAAUGUGUGAGCAUUAGGGUGUUUUUGAUAUCAGUCGAAUGAAAAGUGCCUAUUUUUGAUAUAAAGAGCACCGAAUUCUGCGUACAUUGAUGACAUUAACACAACACAUCGAUUGCUAUUCACACUUCCCGAAGCAAAAAAUAUGUGUAACAAAUACUUUCAUCUCCAUUUCGUCGAUGUUAGUUUCACAUCAAUUCUUUAAAUUCAGAUCAUCGAACAGGAAGUCAACUCAUUCCUAAUAUACGCUUCAUUUCAUGAAAUAAACAAAUGUUCAACGGAACGAACAUAUUAUUUGUUUAUUUUUCCAGUCCAGCGUUGUGCUGCAUGCGUACAUUCUAUAUUUAGGACGAACACGAUGCCGCCGGUUCGUUGCAAACACAUACAAUAAACCGUUUCACGAAAAAAAAAUUCCAUGCGAAACACCAAAACACAGAUGUGAUUCAGUUGACCACAGUAUGAAUUCAAUGUGUUGUUUUGGCAAGGAACAAUGGCAGUUCACAGUUUUAACGCUGCUACUGUGUCGAUUGCACGAAAAAUGGAUUUAGCCACUGUGGUUUCUGUUUCCGUAUUCAUUUUUAAUGAAAGAUCAGCAAAACUAGUGAUAAUCGUUUGUUCUUUUUCCACCGUAAGACAGUGAGUGUAUACAAUGGGACGAUUUUGUGUGCUAAAAAAGCAAAGACAUGUUUGCGGCGAAUUUUGUUCAUGUUACCGUUGUGAUACAAAACUAACUGGACAUUUGCAAAGUGGCACUGCUAACAUUUUGACACAACGAAAUUAGCGGAUCAUUUGACAGACUCGGUGACAUCGAUGAGUCGAUGUGAAUUUCAUCAUACGACCGCAACGAAACACAACGAAGCGAAUCGAAUUCAGUCAGACGAGUUGCAUUGCCUGCUGAUCCAAAAUGCCGAAGAGAAAGGGUACACCACUUCGCGGUAACCAGCGGAAAAAGAAGAAAAUAGUCAGCAAAACGGGUAUUGAAGGAGAAAUCGGCAUUCUAGCGAUAAAAAUGACAUUGAAGGCUAUCGUUCGACCACAAUAUUAUCAACAAGUGAAAGAUUGGUUCACCCAAAAGUCGAUUGAAUGCACCAAAAUCUGCGCGUUAGCUUCGCUGCUCUUCCUGUACAAAGUUAAGAGUGCCAACGAAAGUAAUAAUGCGGACUUCUUCAGUGGUGAUGGCAACAAGGAAAUUAAGGAUUGUUUUUAUGCAGUUUUACAAAAAAACAAAGAGAAGGAAGAAAUGGUUCCAGAUUUUCGUGAUUUCGUGGAGAAUAUGGAGGCCGAAAACCGAUUCAGUUGGCCGGGUAAUAGCUUCUUCGGAAACCAGAUGCAAUACCUCUACAAGCAAUACACCACGAAUUUGCGCAACAAUUUGGAGAUGCAUGCCGAAAGACGCCUGUACCAAUAUCUCAUAAUGCGUGCGUGGCAAUUUAACGCUGUUUCAACUGGCCCCACAUUACGCAACGAUGAUAUCAAGCGUGCCGUGCAAUGGACCAUCGAUCGGUAUGAUCCCAUCAAAACAACCGACCGACAUUGGGAAGUAAAGUGGGAGAAGCGCCAAUUGCUUCUCGAUAUGAUUGCGGAAAUUGGCGGGCCAGAAGAUAAUGAUGUCGCAAUAUACACAACAUCGGAAGGAACAUGGUUCAAAUCAAUCAACAUGUGGUUGACUAUGCAAAUGGAGGUGGACAAUUUCCACAUUUGGGCUGAGGAAAAUGGCAUUGAAAUUCCGAAGAUCAAAAAUCUCAAAGUCAUUCCGAUUCAUCAGUUCAUGCGACAGCACGUGAAAAUGGAGACGGACGUUCUCAUUCGAAUGAUGUCCGAAAUGCGAUUCAGAUUACAUGGUCUAAUAAUCAAGUACGAAAUUGUGGAGGACCCCAUGACGCAGUGUUGGGAUGAGAUUUUCGAUAUGCCAAAGAUACAUCGCCUGUUGAAAUCAAACAAACGUUUCCGGCCCUACAUUGCCUCGAAUGGUCAAGCGGUAUCCAUUAUGUACGAAGUACCGAAGAGUCACCUGGAUCGUUUAGUAGACGAUGAAAUCGUGCGGAAACGGUAUCGUGAUGGUGUGUACGUAUACGAGAUUGGGAUUGAUCCCGGCAUGCGUACCUGGAACGCGACAGUCAGACGGAAUAUCAAAACUGGCAAAGAGGUGAGUUGCAUUUUAGUUUCAAUUUGUGUUUGUGUUGUCUCAAAUCGUGUGAUUGAGUGCAUUAUUUCAUUUUUUAUCAUUUUCCCACAGAUCAACUUCACGGUCAGCUCGAAGAGGUACCAUUAUCUGGCCAGGCAGGGUGUUCGGGAUAGGAAGGCAAAGCGAUGGACAAGGCGAUUUGUGGCCGAAGAACAGCAUGACCGUGAACGCUAUCAACGGAUGCCAUCGCCAAAAGGUGAAAAUUGGGGGUCUUACAUCGCACAUCGUUUGACAAUGCUGAAGAAAGGAAUUGAGACGUAUACAACAGAAAAAUACGCCCGUCUGCAAUUUGACAAAUACAUCCAAUCAAACCGUGCAACCGAUAAGAUUGAAUACUUGGAUUUUAUGGGUCGUAAAUGUAAAUUUUCUGUCAUCUGUAUGACUUUGACAGAUAUGGUUCACGCGAAUCGGUGAAGGAAAUUGUUACGGAUGCUAUUUUAAGCUUCGAUGGUCUUGAACAAUAUUCCAUAACGACAUUAUCUUCAUUUUUAAAUGGCAACGUUUGUUUUUUUCUCCUUCCCGAUGAUUGUUCUGAUUGUGAGCAUAGAUGUGACAUUUCUUUCGCUUUUCUGUGGUUUAUAUUGAUGCAUUUUGUCCGCAAACCAAAACUUGUCAACAGAAAAAAUAAGUCGAUGCGACGUUCUGAAUGAAACCUUCCAUUUUUUUUAUCGUAUUUUAUCAAUUCGAUGAACCAAGCAUUAUUUAUAGAUGUUUAUCACGCUAUUUUGUUAUCGUUUGUAAAUUCGCUUGAAUCAUCGCCAAAAUGAUUGGCCAAUAUAAAUGCGAUAAACGUGAUUGUUGUGUGAUUUACCUUGACAAAAGACAACACUCAAGUGACGAACUUAAUGUUUGCAGUAUAUAUUAUUGAAUAUUGACUUUGUUGCCAUUUUUCUACUUACACGUUUUAUUCAUUAGCCGCAUUUUGUUUUUCCCUUUUUCAUUUUCUUCUCGUUUCCAUUCUAAAUGAAAUUCCAGCUAAAGUUCAAUUUGUUGCUUAAUCGAUUUUCUGUCAUUAAAAAUUGAAAAUCAUUAUCCGACAACCCACCCUUUUGCAAAUGAAAUGGGAAAUUACGCGAAAUCGUUUAGAAUUGUUCAAUCUUUUUUAUUUGCGAAUUUGAUUGGAUUCGUUUGGUUGUUGUCAUUUGUUUUUUUUUUACAAAAAUAUUACUAAUCAUAAUCUGAAAAUAUGUAAUGCUUUAGAUUCUUAUCUAAUAUUCUUCAGUUUUAUUUAAAAUUUCUAUAUUAUUCUAGUCCAUUCCAUGAUGAUGUUCUUGUUGUUGUUAUUUUUUUUCUUCGAUACAAAUGUUUGUAAUUACAUUUAAACUUAGACAUUAGAAAAAACUAAAUCAAUAAAAAAAAAAAAUAAAUGAUGUUUGUUCCGAGAAGAA